GGCACUGUUGUAUAGCAAGUGAAAAUAGGUAAAUGUAAGUCUGAACAUAAUUAAAUUAAUGCACUUAAUAAUGUUAGGGUCAAUUCUAUCCUAACAACACAUGGGAAGACAAUCUAAAUUACCAUCAUAGCUGAACUCAUUGUAUGUUGCAAAUAAGGUUGCUUAAAAGUUGGUGGGGACAAUUCGAGCAUCCUGAAAAGUUGGUAGUGUUAUGUCCCUACCGUCCCUAUGCGAACCUACGCCCUCGAUUUGUAGUCUGUGUUAUUUUUUUUUAUGUGUAUAAGUUGUUCUGUUAUCUGUAUGCUUACCUGCUGUAAAACAAGUUUCCCCUUCUUAGGGGGACAAUAAACUGAAACUGAUCUGUGGGGCGGCUCGAUCGGUUCACGCGAGGAUUGCAAGCUCGUGCUAGAGUAGCGGUUCCUAACAAAGGACCACAGUAUUGCAGGAGCAAGAGAAAUGUUCCCUGACUCAAAGAUUGCAUCGUGUCCCGCAGACGAUACUGAAGAUCUUCACCCUGAAAAACACGACCGCCUCCACGUGAAACAGGGGUCUGAGUUGGAGAUGCCGUUUAUCAAACAGGAAGCGGAGCCAGUUACCCCCGACAUUAAAGAAGAAGAACAGGAAGAAGAAAUCUUUCCAGUGACCGUCUAUGUGAAGAGCGAAGAAGAUGAAGGACCAAGCGAAGAGAGCGGAGCAGUGCAACAAUCAAGCGAGGGCUCAUUUCAGCACCUCACAACAAAAGAAGAGGGAAAAUCGCAACAGGACGACCUCUUGGCUCCGCUCUCGGACAGCGACGACUUUACAUCGCACUCUUCUGACUAUAACUCUGAUGAGGAGGAUGUUGACUUUGGCCAAAAUGCUUGGAAAUCCUUCAACAAAUCAUCAUUGAAAAGAGACACAAAAGAAUGUGAGGGUGGGAAAACUUUUCCCUGCUCACAUUGCGAAAAAAGAUUUUCUCGGAAGACUCAUUUAGAAGUGCAUAAGCGUACACACACUGCAGAAAAACCUUUUGUCUGCACACGUUGUGGUAAAAGAUUUGCAGUGAAGAGAAGUUUAAAAAGACAUGCAAGAACACAUACUGGAGAGAGGCCUUUUGCCUGCUCCCUAUGUGAGAAAACAUUUUAUUUACAGUCAGAGUUGACAAGACACAUGCGUAUACACACCGGAGAAAAGCCUUAUGCCUGCACACUAUGUGACAAAAGAUGUUCUCGGAAGUCUGAUUUAAAAACGCAUAUGCGGACACACACUGGAGAAAAGCCUUUUGCCUGCACGUGUUGUGGAAAAAGAUUCUACGAGAAGACAAGUUUAAACAGACAUGCAAUAACACACAGUGGUGAGAAGCCUUUCGCCUGCAGGCUUUGCGACAAAGGAUUUUAUUGGAAGACUGAUUUAGAAGUGCAUGAGCGUACACACACUGCAGAAAAACCUUUUGUCUGCGCACAUUGUGGUAAAAGAUUCGCCGAGAAGAACAUUUUAAACAGACACACAAGAACACAUACUGGAGAGAAGCCUUUUGCCUGCUCUGUAUGUGUGAGAACAUUUUAUUUACAGUCAGAGUUGACAAGACACAUGCGUAUACACACCGGAGAAAAGCCUUUUGCCUGCACACUAUGUGACAAAAGAUGUUCUCGGAAGUCUGAUUUAAAAACGCAUAUGCGGACACACACUGGAGAAAAGCCUUUUGCCUGCACGUGUUGUGGUAAAAGAUUCUACGAGAAGACAAGUUUAAACAGACAUGCAAUAACACACAGUGGUGAGAAGCCUUUUGCCUGCAGGCUUUGCGACAAAGGAUUUUAUUGGAAGACUCAUUUAGAAGUGCAUGAGCGUACACACACUGCAGAAAAACCUUUUGUCUGCACACAUUGUGGUAAAAGAUUCGCCGAGAAGAACAUUUUAAACAGACACACAAGAACACAUACUGGAGAGAAGCCUUUUGCCUGCUCUGUAUGUGUGAGAACAUUUUAUUUACAGUCAGAGUUGACAAGACACAUGCGUAUACACACCGGAGAAAAGCCUUUUGCCUGCACACUGUGUGACAAAAGGUGCUCUCAGAAGUCUGAUUUAAAAAGCCAUAUGCGGACACACACUGGAGAAAAGCCUUUUGCCUGCACGUGUUGUGGUAAAAGAUUCUACAAGAAGACAAAUUUAAACAAACAUGCAAUAACACACAGUGGUGAGAAGCCUUUCGCCUGCACGCUUUGCGACAAAGGAUUUUUUCGGAAGACUCAUUUAGAAGGGCAUAAGCGUACACACACUGGAGAAAAGCCUUUUGUCUGCACAUGUUGUGGUAAAAGAUUUGCCCAGAAGAAAAAUUUAAAUGUACACACAAAAACCCACAAUGGAGAAAAGCCAUUUUCCUGCUCAGUUUGUGGUAAAAGAUUCAAAGACAAGGGAAAUUUAAACAAACAUGCAACAACACACAGUAACGGGCCUUUCGCCUGCACACUUUGUGAGAAAAGAUUUCGUACGAAGCAUCAGGUGACAAGACACACGCUUACACACACUGGAGAAAAGCCUUUUUCCUGCUCCGUUUGUCAAAAAAGAUUCAGUCAGAAGGGAACUUUAAAUAGACACGUAAGGACACACACUGGAGAGAAAGCUUUGAAUUGCAGUGUUUGACAAGAUAUUCAAAUUCCUGCCACACAUGUACAGUGCAAAUAGCUUUUCAAUUUUCUUUUUCAGUUUCCCUUGGGCCUCUUUUGAAAAAGAUGUUUAAAGGAUUUUGCAAGUCUUGGUCUUUUUCACAACUAUCCAAUAUAUAUACGUACCCUAAUUUUCGCACUAUAAGGCGCACCUGACUAUAAGCUGCAGCCCACCAAAUUUGGCCCGAAAACGGCAUUUGUUCAUAGAUGAGCCGCACUGGACUAUAAGCCGCAGAUAUCCUCACUGUUUUAUGGGAUAUUUACACCAAAGAUAGUAACCGGUCACAAUUAAUUAGACAGCGGCAUCAUACGACUGUCAUAAGACCAAAUGAACCACCAUGAAUCUUUGAACCAAUUGGCUGCAAAGCUUCAUUCUUUCAAGAAGCUUCAUUUGGCCAUCACUGCUCCCUUGGUGGAGACAGGCAACCUCUGCUGCCACCUGCUGUAAACACUGUUGUCAUCCAACAUGCCUCCUAGCAUGCAUUGCAUUGUACAGAUGUAAAUUUUAAUCAAAAUUCAUGUUCUGUGCUAAUUAUUUCUUCAGUUACUGUUCCAGUUGUUUUAUCAAUUGUUAGUUAUGGUAUUUGCUAACACUUUAUUUGACAGUGGCGACAUAAGACUGUCAUUAGACAAUCAUAAUUAUUGACAUGACACUGUCCUGAGCAUUAAUGAAUGCUUAUAACAGAUGUCAUUUUGUGUUAUCCGUCAAAAGAUUUCACUUUUGAAUGGAUGUAAAAAUUCAAGCUGGAAAUAAAUGAAGCUAGUGACAUAAUUUUCCGGAUGACACUUAAUGACAUAAGCAUUCAGUAAUGCUCAUGAUAGGCUCAUGUCAUAAUUAUGACUGUCUUAUGACAGUCUUAUGAUGCCGCUGUCACAUAAAGUGUUACCUAUUAACUCAAAUAAAUCAACAUAUAAGCUGCACUGGACUAUAAGCCACAGGUAUCAAAAUGAAGGAAAAAAGUAGCGGCUUAUAGUCCGAAAAUUACGGUAUAUAUAUAUUUUAAUCAAAUGAUUUGGGUUUAGUUUAGGUGUACUUUACUUCAUAUCAAACUUGAUCUUCUGCUUUAUAUUACAACUUUUCUGCGACUUUGAUUUACUCAGAUUUAGCUUUUGUCUCCUCUAUUUGCUUUUUUUGUGAACUGUUGUAAGCAGUGUUGUCAGUAACGCGUUAAAGUAACGCGUUACUGUAAUCUGAUUACUUUCUUUAAGUAACGAGCAAUCUAAUGUGUUAAUUUUUCCAAGCCAGUAAUCCGAUUAAAGUUAGUUUCCGUA